AUGCGCAGUUCCAUCCCAGGCCUGGGCAGGGUGAUGGUGUUCCUCGCAGCAGCCCUGGCAUCAGCCUCCCUCACCGUCCCCGAGGGCUGGGGAGAGGAAGGUGUGCAGUAUGGAGAGGUGGGGACAGAUGUGACCCUGCUGUGCACUGGUGCCCAUGCCAGCUUGCCCGUGCAAUGGAGACGAGCAGGUGCCACAGCAAUGCCAGAGGGCUCAGCCACCCGGCAGGGCGCCCUGGUGCUGCCACAUGCCAGUUUGGCCACUGCAGGAACCUACAGCUGCCACAGCGAGGAUGGUGGCCUCCUGCACACCGUGUCCCUGCGGCUGGGGUACUUGCCAGGAGUGCCCUUUGUGUCCUGCAGAGCAUCUGACUAUGAGAAUUUCUCCUGCUCCUGGACCUCCAGUGUGGAGACCUUUCUCCCCACCAGAUACAUCACCACCUACAGGAAGAAAUCUCUGACGGGUGAAGAGAAGAAGAGGAACAAGAAUGGGCACGUGGGGCCAUGUUUGCAGGAUCCAUCCCGCCCUGGCACCUGCACUGUUCACAGAUCAGAGUUCUGGAGCUCCUACCGCCUGAACAUCACUGAGGUGAACCCCCUGGGCUCCAGCUUCCGCCUCCUCGAUGUCACCAUGCAGGCCAUCAUUAAACCAGACCCUCCGGAAGACUUAGUAGUGGAGCCCAUCCCCCAGGCCCCACGGCGGCUCCAUGUGAGCUGGAAGUACCCCUCCUCCUGGCCCAAGGAACCCCACUUCCAGCUCAGAUUUCGUCUCCAAUACCGGCCAGUCAUCCACUGCUCCUGGUCUGUGGUGGAGACGGUGAACCUUUCUGAGGUGAUCACAGAUGCCUUUGCUGGGCUGGAGCAUGUGGUCCAAGUCAGCGCCAAGGAUUUCCUGGAUGCAGGAAACUGGAGUGAGUGGAGCGCUGAGGCCCGGGCAACACCAGCCGCAGACCUGGUCACCACAGCGAGUGAAGAAACCACUACAGAUGGCAGCCAGGAGAGCCUGGCUGAGGAGCCCUCCCAGGCUCCCAACCCUGAGCCCAUCAACCACAGUGAUCCCCUGGAGAAGAUGGCUGUCCUAGUGUCCUUUGGGGUCUUUGCCUUCUUCAUCCUGGCUUCUGUUCUUGUCAUCACCACCCUCAUCUGGCUCUGGGUGAGGAAACAUGGCAAGGACAAGACCAAAUCCCACAACUUCUUGGUUGCUGCCACCCACUUGAAGGCACUGCCCAAGGCCCAGAUUCUGUAG